GAAAUCUCUCUCUCUCUCUCUCUCUCUCUCUCUCUCUCUGUGGCAUACAGCCCGUCAGCCGAUCAAAAUCUCCCAUCGCAAGCCUUCAUCUCCCAUCUCUUUCCAUCGAUUUUCAUAUUUCCUUCUUCCAUCUUCCAUUCGCAGCCGUCCGAUCGUCUUUCCGCGAUGGAAACGCCUUCCUCAACCAGGCCGGUCACAAGAUCCCAGACCUUGACUGCAACAAGCAACAUACCCAAUUCGAGGAAGAAGGAAGAAUCUGAGAAGGUUUUUUCAAGAUCAAGAAAAGGGAAAUGCGAUCGGUCGGCACUUUUCGACAUCACGAAUGAUUCACCAAUCAUAGGGAUUGCGAUGGGAAGCUUGAAAACACCCAAUUCAGUGGCAAAGAACAGCUGUGAAGCCAAACAGACACCAGGAUCGGGUGAGGUGCUGUUACGUGGCCAGGUUAAAACCCUCUUGCAGAUGGUUGAGGAAGAGGCAGAGAUUUCGAAACUUUCUUUCGAUGCACCCCCGUUCCCCCCUUUCGAAGGCUUAUUGAAUUCGCCCAUGGGUAUUCUCGCUCCAACACCAGCCAACACGCCGCUCAUUUCGAAUCUUUUGGAUCGUGGAGAUGCUAAUGUGUCGCAGAUCGUCACAAUGCCGGUGGCCCAUGAAAAUUCCAAUAUAACAGAGAUUGAUCAUCUGAUCGACGGUUCAAAACAAGAAAGUCACAAAUCUCAGGAGAGCCUGAUCACUCUGGCAUUACAGUUUGACUCACCGGGCAAAUCCGAAAAACCGCUCGAUAAAGACGAAGAGGCUUCUGCCUGGUCUGUUGAGGCCAGUAUGAAUUCGAAAGGAGAAGGAGAAGAAGAUUACGAAGGAGGAGAAGUAGAGGGAGAUUCGAUCAAUGAAUUAUGCCAAGGGCUGAGAUUAAUGUGCGUCAAGGAGAAGAAAGGAUUGCCUGAGUUUGUGGGCCGGCACACUCGGUUCAUCUACAAUGGUGAUGGUGAGAUGGAAGGAGAGGAGGUGGUUGUAGGUCUGUCUGUAUCGCCGAGCGUUUUACGGUUGAAGGGUAUGCCAUUGCCAGAAGGGAAGCAUCUUCGCUUUCCUGAAGGAGAGGAUUGAAUGGAAUUUUCUCUCAAGUUCUGAAUUUUUUGAAGAUUUGAGGUUGUCUUUCUUGACACCAUUUUCAGUUCUGUUUUUGGGCGUUUAGGGCAUUUUGUUUCGGUGAGUUUUAUCUCUUUUGAAUUUUAAUUCUAAUUCUCAAACAAGUCGAAUCUGCAUAUUCUGAAGGGAGAGGAUUGAAGGGCUUUCUCUGAAGUUCUGAAAUUUUUGAACAUCUGAGGUUGUCUUUCUUGACACCAUUUUCAAUUCUGUUUUUGAGCGUUUGGGGCC